AUGUUUUUAUUAACUACGAGAGUGUUUGCCGCGACAUCAUGUAGUGGUGGGCAGUACCUUUCUGGAACAAUAUGUCAUUCUUGUCGAGCGGGGUCUUAUUCCUCGGGUGGUACAACGACAUCAUGUACUUCAUGUUCUUCUGGUUCGUAUUCUGGCUCUGGUGCUUCGUCGUGUACAAAAUGUAAUCUUGGAUAUUAUGCUUCAAGUUCUGGGUCAUCGUCGUGUACCCAGUGUUCUGUUGGUAAAUAUGCUCCAAGUUAUGGGUCUACUUCAUGUUCAACUUGUCCAGCAGGGUAUUUUUCUGCUGGUGGUGCUUCUUCGUGCACAAAAUGUAGUGCGGGGUAUUCUUCUGGUACUGGAGCUUCAAGUUGUAUACUAUGUGAUGCGGGAUCUUAUUCUUUAUCGGGAUCAUCAAGUUGUAAACUAUGUGAUGCUGGAUCAUAUUCAAGCAGUACUGGAGCGGCAUCUUGUAAUUUAUGUAAUGCUGGGUAUUAUUCAAAUAAAGGAGCAACCACUUGCACUACAUGUCCUGGUGGAUAUUAUUCGGCAUCUUCUGGCAGUGCAAAAUGCACGGCGUGUGCUGCAGGAACACGCUCUGAAUCCACAGUGUCAUCAACAAAAUGUGUGACGUGUGGUCGAGGAACAUAUUCGAGCAGCGGAAGUGCUUAUUGUACUGAUUGUAGAGCAGGAACUUUUGCAGAUGAACAAGGAAUUUCGUCGUGUAAAACGUGUGCAGAUGGCUAUUAUUCAACAACUGGAAGUUCAUCGUGUGUACAAUGUGUUUCCACGAGUUGUGGAGUGUGUUCAAAAACGACUGGGGAGUGCACUUCGUGUAAUGUUGGCUAUUCGUACGAUUCGUCAAAUAAGAACUGUUCGAUAUGUCCCGCAUCGUAUUAUUCGAGUGGUGGCACUUCGUUGUGUUCAAAGUGUGCGACUGGGUAUUACUCACUCAGUGGUUCAAGUGGGUGUACAACGUGUUCCACAAGUUGUAAAACGUGCGACCAAACAAAUGGAAACUGUUUAUCUUGCUAUGACGGUUAUUUUAUGAAUGGUAAAAUAUGUGAUACAUGCCCAGCUGGCACGUACCAAAGUGGUGGAAGUUGUGUAACGUGUCCAGACAUGCAAUACUCAUUGGCAGGAAGCACAAUGUGUAAAAGUUGCAGUUCGACAUGUUUGAGUUGUGAUAAGACAAAUGGGUAUUGCACAUUGUGUGAAUCUGGAAUGGGAAUUACAACAACAACGUGUUCUGUGUGCAGUGCUGGUACAUACAGCAUUGCAAACAAAUGUGAGUAUUGUCCACUUGGAAUGUACUCAUCAUCAAAGAGUUCGUUAUCAUGUCAGCAAUGUGACACAAAAUGUGAUGGGUGUGAUGCGACGAAUGGGUAUUGUGUCAACUGUGUGACUGGGUAUGGUCUUGCAGCUGGGAAGUGUGCCAUAUGUCCAAGGGGAACUUACUACCUGAGUUCUGUGUGUCAGAGUUGUGGUGAGAUGGCAUACCAAGAUGUUGAAGGACAAACCACCUGCAAGUUGUGUGACUUGUCGUGUGCAAGUUGCAAUGCAACAAAUGGAAAAUGUCUUACGUGUGCUGCUGGAUAUGGCUUUGACAGUGGAGUGUGUACGUUGUGUGGCGACCUCACAUUCUCAGAAGGCGGUGUUUUGCAGUGCCAACAGUGUUCUACUGAAUGUAAAAAGUGUGACAGAAAAAGUGGUGCUUGUACAUCGUGCGAAGUCGGCAACAAGAGAGUUGACAACAGUUGUGUGUCGUGUGCUCCAUCUGGAUAUUGUGAUUUGUGCACAGACGAGACAUCAGAUGGUAUUUGUGUAUCAUGCGAAGACGGAUUUUAUUUGAAUAAAGAUGGCAAUUGUCAAAAAUGUAGUGAUAUUCACAAAGACUGUCUGACGUGUUCUAAAACAACAAAAACGUGUCUAUCGUGUGCAGGCAACAUGAUAUCAACUGGCACCAGUUGUGUUGCAUGUGAAGUUGGGAUGGUCAAAGUCACAGAAACGACAUGCGACUACUCGUACAAUGUCAUCCCAAAGUGUCAAAUUGCAGACUUUGUCAAUAAUCAACACAUUUGCACUGCAUGUUUUGCGCCAUACGUCACUUCAAGUGACUUGAAGGCGUGCAAUUUGGGAUACACAACUACAACAUACUACGACACAGAUGAUCACAAAUUACACACCAACAUGGAUGGGUGCGUCAACCAAAUCGAUACAACGUGUUACUUGUGUGAUUUUACAGCGAUGUUGUUAAACGGAGUUUGUAAUGUUAAGAAUGAAAAGUGUGAGACAUCCUCGCAACACGGCUGCGACAACUGCGUUUCAGAUGUGAUCACAUCAAAUGGCAACUGUGUUGUUAACACAAAUUGUAAAUAUGAAAUCAACAGAGAAAUUGGCACCGAGUGUUUGUAUUGUGUUGAUGACGUGUUGUGUGGCAAAGCAAAACAAAAUUGUGAAACAUCACACAACGAGUACUGCUACUUGGCAGUGAGUGGAUAUCACACAACAAAUGACAACACCGUUGAACAAUGUGAAAGUGAAGUGUGUGUCAUUUCAAAUGGAGUUAUCACCGAUAUGAAAUGUAAAGAAGACAAAUUGUUGAUAGAUGGCGUGUGUACAACUAAUACAAUGUGUUAUAUUAUGUUGUAUGGUGAUUGUAUCAAGUGUGAUUCAAAACAACACAUCUCACAAGGAAAGUGUUUAUCAAACAGUGCGAAUUGUGACAACCAGAAUAGAGAUAUUUGCAUUGUGUGUAAUAACACCAUCAACGUUGGCGGCGUGUGCACAGACACACAGUCAAUUCACUGCUCUUCAUUUGACAAAGUGUGUGUCAUUUGUGAAAGUGGUUAUUACAAAGAUGUUGAUAGGUGUAAAGUGAAGACUGGCGCGUUGUCAGAUUGUGAUGUUGUCUCGUUGCUCAACACCAAAUGUGUCGAAUGUGAGUCCGAUUACAAUUUCAAUGGAAUUUCGUGUGUGCCACAAACACUUCCAAAUGAGACCACCAAACAGACAACUAAAAAUGAAGAAACACAGACAGACAGCCAUUGUGAAGUGAGCACCACAAAAGGGUGUCUGAGGUGUUUAAGUGGGUAUUACCUCGCAGACCGCAUGUGUGUGAAGUGCGAGUAUCCCUGUGUCUACUGUUCGAAUCGGACAUUCUGCACAAAGUGUGACGACUACUCGUAUGCAAACAGCAACGGCGUUUGCACUGAAAUCAACGCACUUGUCAGUGUGUGUGACGUGUUGAUGUCAACAUAUCGCGGGUGUGUAGUCUGCAAGGAGGGGUACAUGAGGUCAUCUGAUGGGUCAACAUGCAUUGGCUGUGAUGAGUCAUGCAAGUCGUGCACAAAUGAAGGGAAUUGUGUUGUGUGCGACAAUAAAUUUUAUCGCACGUCAUCAAACGUCACCAAAUUGUGUUCACCACAAAGCGAGUUGACUUCGUGUGCAAACAAAACAACAGCUGGUUGUGUGCUAUGUGAAAGCGGACACUAUCUCUCAAACAAUUUGUGUGUGAAGUGUCAAGACACGUGUACACAAUGUUAUGGCAUUGAUGAGUGCAUUGAUUGUGUGAAAGACAAUGUACUCGUGUCUGGUGUCUGUUCACAUUAUACAACCAUUGAGAACUGUGUUGAGUCUGCCAACAACAAAUGUUCAAAAUGUGAUGACAACUACAAAUGGGUUUAG